AAUGGCGGUUGUAUAGAAUUUAGUGUCCGGAUGAGGUAUCCUAGUCUGUGUAGAUGUCAUUAGACGGGUACAUUGCGAUUAAAGUAUGAACGGAAAGCGUCAAAGCGGUCAACGGUGACGAAAAGGAAAAUCUUUGAUCACUUCGAUACUACAAGAGUAACCCAAAUCAGGUAAAAGGAGGGACGUUUUUACACACCAGCAGUGUGACAAACUACCAUCCAGAUGGGAAAGCAGGGUCGUACUAAGGGACAGAAGCAGGCCAGACAGUCGACAGUUUGUCAAUCCAAAGGCAAAGCCAAAAAGGAGACUGCAGUGUUCAAGGUGGCGGGCGUUAGGAAGGCUAAGACGAAGACGGUAAACAGCAGUCUUAAAAAGUUAAAUGUUCAAACGAAGUCCAAGACGGAAGAAGUCAACAAAAAGUUUGACAGACUUAAAGAAACGUUAGCUUCAACAAAGAUCACAGUGCCUCCAAAGAAGGUUCAAUUGGGAAUGAAAGGCCCACCACCCGAUGUCAGUAAAGCCGCAGAGCAGUUUGCUAAACUAUAGCCACCUAAAGACGCGAGAAAUGCUCAAUGAUAUCAACGAAGUCUAUAAAGGGGAUCGAAUUGAAAAGUAGAAAUAUUGAAAUCUUUACAUACAUGGGGUUUCAAGACAAAAGCAACAGGAUCGAGAUAAACACCCUAGUACUGGUUUAUGAACACUUUAUGGAAAAAGCGAUUUGAUUCUCCUGAACUUCUUAAUGUGUGUAUUGUAUUGACAGUAACAACCAUCUUUACAAAAGUACAUUUUAUGAGAUGCAUAUUGAGUAUAUAUGGAUGGUUGAAACACUUAAACGCUAAAUAUUGAUAAUUUUAUGAGAUGUGUAAGCGUGUGAGUAAUGUGUUCUGUAAUACUGUGUAUGAAUUGUUUCACUACCAUGGUACUGUACAGUAGCCAUGUCUAUAUAUGAUUACCAUCGUUCCACCGGAUGGUUGCUGAUGGUAUUUGUCUGGUAAGAUGUGAAAAUUAAUCUUUACCUGUACUUUUAUCGAACAGAUUAUAAAUAUAUAUAUUAUUGUUUUAA